AUGUGUAGUCCUGCCAGCAUGGACCAGAUCCGACGACACGUGUCCCCAACCCAACCAAAACGCGCCACGCAUCCUCCCCGCAUAUUUCCAAACAAAGACUCACCCUCCACCGACACGUGUGUUGUCCACCAUCGAUCCCGACACGUGUCCAGUCAUGACUCGUGUCCCGAUCCCGCACGACGUCACCCGCCGGAGAUCCUCCCAUUCCCCGCCACGUGUCACUCUCUCGUGGGCCCCACAAACGGAAACUCUAACUACUUAUAUCUCUACCAUGCUCCCGCCGUCCCCGACAGCGAUCUCUCCCCGGCAAAUGGAACCGAGCAGCACAGGCGGCGGCGGGGGGGGGCGGCUGCGCGGGGGGGGGGAGCGGGGGAGGAGGAAGUCAACAGGGGCAUAAUGGACGAGAGGAUUCUAAUCCUGGUUUUCGGGAGGCUGAACUGGGACCCACAAGUGGUCUGCGUGGCGGCGAGAGUCAGCCGGCGGCUGCGGGCGGUGGCGAACCGCGUGCUCUGGAGAGAAGUCUGCGUCUCGCGAGCUCCGCGCAUGCUGGCGGCGCUGACUUCCGGCACACCACCCGGUCAAGCGAGAGUGACAGCCGCCAUUUUCCCCUCCCGCACACUCCCGGGCCACUUCGCCGGAGUGUCCAGAUUCUCCAAGACCUCCGGAGCGAGCUUCCUGUCGCGGCGGUGCGCUGGUGAUCUGCUGUACGUGAGCGAUCCGUGCGAGCACGUGUACGAAGGGGGGGAGGCGGGCGAGGAUUUGGGUGCGUAUCGGGGGGUGUUCAGGGGGUUUAUGAGAUCGAAAACGCGGGCUUAUUUGAUAGGAAGACACGUGGAGCUGGAGCAGAGGGUGCGGUGUCCGUAUUGUGGGGCGCGGGUGUGGAGUAUGACAGCGGCGCGGCUUGUGCCCCGUGCGGCGGCGCGGCGGUUGGGAGCUCAUUCGGGGCGGUUGGAGUAUUUUGUGUGCGUGAAUGGGCAUCUUCAUGGGAACUGCUGGUUAGCUCAUCUUUCGGAUGAUGAUGGGGAUGAUGGGGAGGAUGAUGAUGAGGGUGAUGGGGAGGAUGAUGAUGGGGAUGAUGAGUGAUUCAUUUGUGUUUUAUGGUUGAGGAAUAAAGAUGGGGGGAGGUUUGUUUUGUAAUUUGAUUGGAUUACUGGUGAUGAUUGGUCAUUUUUACAUGUAAUGAGGUUUUGA